AGUUAACCUUGUUUUUAUUUUUACUUUUUGCAUGUUUCACUAAUUAGUAAUUAGCCAAUUCCAAGAAAUUAUCUACACGUUUAAUAGCGAAUCUUUUAGCAGGAAUUAUGGUCAAUAUUUGACAUCACAAUGAGUAAUUUUAAGUUAUAUAAUUUAAGCAAAAAAAUGUUACUUUAACAAUACAGAGAAAGUAUUAAGUUUUAUUAUUUUAAUAAGUAAAUGAAUUUGUAUAAAAAUGACUGUAACAUACACCGCGGAAGUAGCCACCUGCACAGGGCUUGGAUGUUUUUUACACCUGUUGGGGAGGUGGCGAGGUAGCAUUUAUAAAUUAGUAUGGAGAGAUCUGUUGAUAUACUUAGUAUGUUAUUACACGCUGAAUCUGAUUUAUCGACUGGCGCUAAAUGAAGGGCAGCAGCUAGUAUUUGAAAGUGUCGUCGAUUAUUGUAAAGAGUACAGCACCUUAAUUCCGUUGUCGUUCGUGCUCGGCUUUUACGUGAACAUUGUAAUGCAGAGAUGGUGGAAUCAAUAUACCGCAAUUCCAAGGCCUGACUCGCUCGCCGUUUUUGUUAGUAGCACCGUGCAUGGCCAGGAUGAAAGGGGACGUGUUAUGCGAAGAACUAUAAUGAGAUAUGCGUGCCUAAGUGUCAGCAUGGUAUUUACAAUGAUUUCUCCAAGGGUGAAAAAGCGAUUUCCAACCUUAGGCCAUUUUGUUGAAGCUGGUCUCCUACAACCUGGCGAAAAAGAAAUAAUGGACGAUCUAAAUUCCAAAUUUCCUAAACAUUCUAAACACUGGUUACCACUGGUAUGGGCCGCCAGUAUAGUAACAGGUGCUCGUAAAGAAGGACGCGUACGCGAUGAUUUUGCAGUAAAAACCAUGCUCGACGAGAUAAAUAAGUUCAGGAGUCAAUGUGGAACGCUGCUAACUUACGAUACAAUGAGUAUACCCCUUGUUUACACGCAGGUCGUUACGUUAGCUGUUUACACUUAUUUUGUGACUACCCUCAUGGGUCACCAAUGGAUUAAAGAAUCAAAGUCGACCGUUGAUAUUUACUUUCCUGUUUUUACAACGUUGCAAUUCUUUUUUUAUGUAGGGUGGCUCAAAGUCGCCGAAACGUUAAUCAAUCCCUUCGGGGACGAUGAUGAUGAUUUUGAAGUGAAUUGGAUGAUUGACAGAAACUUGCAGAUGUCAUACUUGAUCGUAGACGAAAUGCAUCACGAUCAUCCAGAACUUAUCCGAGAUCAGUAUUGGGACGAAGUGUUCCCCUUCGAAUUACCAUACACUUUGGCAUCGGAACCGUUCCGUGAACAACAUCCGUUACCAUCGACCGCCAAUAUUAAAGUGAAAAGGGACGAAUCCGAUCUUUUUAUUCCAUCAUCUCUGAAAAUUGACGAAAUACAGUACGAUGAUCUGCAUAGUCCUAUUAAUUUCACGGCGAAACCUGCAAGUUUACGAAGAUCUGGAAGCUCUAAGCUCUCACUAGGACGGUCUGUUUCGGACGGAAUGCACCGAGUAAACACUGUGGCUGGUCGUUUGAAACGUAUGUUUUCCACCAAGGACGAAAGUGAGAAUAAGGAUAAAGAGAAUUACGCUGGCUCUAUGGCGGAACUUGCGCAAAGUAAUCAGUCAUUACAUAUAAAACCCCCACGACCUGGUAGUAUGCGGAUUGCCGAUCAAGUCAUUGAAGAGGUUGAUGAACAAACCACUAUAACACAGCAGAAAAAGGCGGAACCACCUCAUCCCUCUGUUAUAGGUUUGUUUGGUCCACCACCACCGUCCCAGCCAGUGCCUGUACCAACGACAAGUGCCUCACCGUUUGAAUUUCCUGUGAUUCAACGACCUCAGAUAUCUAAAUCGGCACCGACACAUGAGACACCGAGGGAGAUGGAUUUUAUUGAUAACAUUAGCAUUGGGUCUGUAGAUGCGGAUGGUUCCGAUGAUGAAUUUACGAGGUUGAAAAAUUUACGCGAACAAGAAAGACGCAGUCGGCUUGCAAUAAAUUACGGAAGAUCAUUGAGCAACAGAAGCGAUCAUAAUGAUACAGAGUUGUUACUGCUCGAGAGGCGCGGAAGUUCAAAGAAGUCAUCCAGGGGUUCCAUAGAUGUAUGACACGUUAUUUUAGUCAAACCAGCUUCUAGUAAAUAUCCAUUUAUACAAACUUGUUGAUAUGGCCUUAGUAUAAGCACAAUAAUUUAUUUUAAUAUAGUAACUGCAUAAAAUUAGUAAUUUUCGAUAUUCUUAUUAAAAAUGUAAUCGAGUACAGAAAAAGUGCAUGAUUUUACAAUAAUUAAUACAAACAUUGCCUUGCUUUACAAUUACUGUAGAAUAAGCCAAAAUGUAUUCAAUUUUAAAUAAAUUUUUAGUGUAAGGAUCUCAGUAUCUCGCAAAAACUAUUUUUUUAAUACUUCUUCAGUUCAAUUAUAAUUUU